AUGGCCCCCAAAGUCGCUGCCUCCAAGAAUGCUGCCACUAAGCACAAAUUUGUGAUCGACUACUCGAAGCCCGCCGCUGACUCUGUCUUUGACGGUGCUGAUUUCGAGAAGUUCCUCCACGACCGCAUCAAGGUUGAGGGCAAGGCUGGUCAGCUUGGUGACAACGUUAAGAUCGUCCGUGAUGGCAACACCAAGAUCACCGUGACCUCCAACAUCCCCUUCUCCAAAAGGUACCUCAAGUAUCUUACCAAAAAGUUCUUGAAGAAGAACUCUCUCCGUGACUGGAUUCGUGUCGUUGCUUCAUCGAAAGACAACUAUCAGCUCCGCUUCUACAAUAUUGCUGGUGCUGGAGAGGAUGAGGACGAGGAGUAA